AUGUUUGGUGGUACAUCUUCUGAAACUGCAGGGGAACCUGAAGAACAAGAACAAGAAGUGACUUGUGUUUCUGUUUCCUCUGCUGCACCCGCCCCUGUACAUACACCCCUAGCAGAAGCUGUUCUACUGCAUGCAGAACCAACAGCUGUCGAAGACUGCACAGCAGCAGCACUCCAGGAGGUCUUGACGCUGCAGCUUCAGGCAGAGGCCGAGGUGGAAGAUGACGCAGAGGCUCUGCUCUCCGCCGAUGCAUGCGAUGCUUCUGGAGGCUUUUGUUUAGAACCGGAGGAGGAGCAGCAGCAGCAUCAGGAGCAGCAGCAGCAGCAGCAGCAGCAUCAGGGGGAGGAGGAGCAGCAGGAGCAUAAGGUGGAGGGAUAUCAAACCGACGAGGGAUUACCUGAAGCAGCGAAGAAACAGCUGGAGUCUACUGCUGCCUUUGAUGCUGCUUCUGAGCCAAUACAGCAGCCUCAGCCUCCGGCAGCGCAGCAGCAGCAACAGGAGCAGCGGGAGCAUCCGCAGCAGGAGCAGCAGAAAUGCGUUUCUGCAGAUAUAUCUUCAUCUUCAGGAGGGUCUGAGAGCAACGAACUGGCUGCAUUGCUGGAUGAUGAUGGUUUGUUUGGUGGUGUUGGGGUGUAUAGACAGUCAGGCAGCAGCGCAGCAGCGUCAACAGCCUCCAGUCUUAACUCGUGUCAGUACAGCUCGUUGCUGUCUGGGGGUGCUCAGGGAAUAGGAGGGGGCCCUGCCUUUGCUGCUGCUGAAGGGCCUUCUUGGUGCUCGCAGCAGCAAGCAGCAGCAGCGUACUGCCUCAAGGAGCAGCUGCUACGUGAGGAAGCAGCAGCAGGAAGGCUGCAGGUGCGGCAGCAGCCUAACCCUCACGGUGUUUCUUUUAAACCCAUGAGGCUAUAUUCAAUUAAAGAAGUAGAACAGCUGGCUAUCAAAGUUUGGGGGUCUUUAGAGGCGGUGAACAUCGAGAAAGAACGCAGAAUUGAAGAGAGAUGGCAGCGAAAGAAAAAAACAAAGAUAGAAAUAACUGCAUAUCAAGAACAACAACAAAAACAAACAAAAAAAUCCAGAAAGAAAGAAACAGAAACAGUUGCAGCUGAAACAAAAAGAAGAUUGCUGUCCGUACACCCCGUACUCACCACCUCCGCUGAGGCACAAUGGGAAGAGAUAUAA